AUGGACCAACGCUCUACGCCUACGGCGGAGGAGUGGCGGCAGAUGAGGGACAAUAACCUGCACGGCGCCGACGACGACAAAGCGGCCUACAUAGCGUACUCAGAGGGGUCUUAUCCGGGCGAGAAGGAGAUUGCCAUCGACCUUGGAAAGGAUGACAGUGCGGCGUCGGGCCGUGACACAUACUGUCAGUGUGACUCGGACCCCCAGGCCGCAAGCGUCGACAAGCAGCAUUGUCAAUGGCCGGAUUGUCGACACCGCUAUCCUGCUGGUCUCAAUGGACAUCACGCCGGUCCAUCGAGUGGAACGACAGGCCAGGUUCAGCUGCCAAGUAUUCGACCAAUCUUUAGCUAUGAACAUCAACCUCAAACAACGGCCGAUGGCUACGGUGGUCAAGACGGCGAACAGGCUCCUGACAACGACGAAGUAGGUGACGAUGACGCUGCAUCAUUGAGGUCAUUUCGUACAAUAGGGCGACCAUUCGAACUGGACGUGUCGUCGGACGAAGCCUCGGUGACAGAGCCGCCAGUAGAUGGUCAAGACCAUCGUGAUACUUCGGUAGCGCAAAACGAGUACGGUGGCCAGGUCCCCACAGGGCCGCACACUUGGAGCCCCUGCGACCCAUACGACAGUACCGCAGCAUAUCAAGCAUGCGACCGGCAAUAUUACUCGGAUCCAGAGCAACCGUAG